AUGGCCCCACAUGUAGCUGCCGGAGAGGCCGGAGAAGUGGGGUCCCCUCAUCUCCCUGGGACCAACUGGAUGAUUGAGAUCCUCAGCUUAAUCCUAAAGGACGGGGACCCAUCCUGGGUCCUCUCGGUGCCCAUCUGGAAGCGGGCGCCCUGGUGUGAGACCAUCCUGGGUGCCUUCAGCCUCUCGGACCAGCCCAGACCCCGCCUCAUGAGUUCUCACCUCCCCAUCCAGCUCUUUGCCAAAGCCUUCUUCACCUCCAAGGCCAAGGUGCAGGAGGAGGGAGUCCUCACCUUCGCCUUCGAGAAAGUUCUGCAGGAACUGGUCAGGUGUGCCGGGGUCCUUCAACUGCCUGGCGAUCUUGGAGUAAUGAUACAGCGAGACCACCACGUCCCGGGGGUUCCGGCCCAUGUAGAUCGCCUGCGGGUGUGCGGCGACUGGAAGAACCACUUUACGGUGGCACAGAGCGAAGCCUUCGACCGCGUCUACCGGGAGCAGAUGCGGGGGCUGCCCACCUUCCCCUGGGACGACCCCGAGGACGCCAGCCCGGACCCCGAUCCCAGCCCCACCCCAGCCCAGGCCUCCGAGCACCCCCCGGACCUGUGA